AGGUCACCGGAAGUUGCGUCUCGGUGUUGUCAGGUGGGCUGAAACAGCCACGCAGGAAGAUAAUGGUGACUGUGGAUGAAAAUUAGUGACUGAACUAAAAUUCAAAACUUUGUUGGAAAGUUGACAUCAGUCAUCAGGAUGGAGACUAAAGUUCAAAUACAACCUGUCCGUGGACCUGGAGAUGGAAUGGAAACAGAAGAACCAGCCAAGCCUAUCGAGAAUACCACAGUAGUAAAUAAAAAAUGUCAUCCCAUUCCACGAGCUAAUAUAGUAUCCAGUUCUUCUCAAAUUGUUACUAAGCCUGGUGUUCUUCAGCUUGGGACGGUUCAGCCUGACCAAGCAGUUGAGGUAGAAGCAAUAAAAAUCUUAGUACCCAAAGCUGCUUUAAUUCAUGAAGUUCCCACAAAGAAUACAAAGUUAAAUGACUCUGCAGGUUCUCAUAAAUGUGAGUUGUCAAGUCAGCCAGAAAACACUGCUGAACUCAAGAGAGAACUGACAGAACUAAAAGUCUCCAUUGAAAAAACUCAAAGUUCAGAAAGAAAACUCCUACAGGAUAAAGAAGGGUUGGCCAGCCAAAUCCGGGUACAGACUGAGAUAAAUCGUGAACUCAAAAAGUUACUUGUAGCUUCUGUUGGCAAUGACCUUCAGUAUCACUUUGAGCGCUUGGCACGUGAAAAAAAUCAAUUAAUCCUGGAAAAUGAGACUUUGAAUCAAAAUCUAGCUCAACUCUCUGAGCAGCUGGAGCGGAUGACUAUACAAUGUGAUGUAUGGCGCAGCAAGUUCCUUGCAAGCAGAGUGAUGACAGAGGAACUAGCCCAUGUUCGAACAUCAAUGCAGCGUCAUGUCAGGGAAACCCAAAGUGCAAUACAAGAUCUUCUCAGUGAGCGUGAGCAAUUUCGUCAGGAUAUGGUUGAAUCCCAUGGAUUCCUCAAGGAGCUCUUGGUAUCUCUGCAAUGGGGCCGACAACAAACAUAUUAUCCCAAUGCACAACCACGUACCACUGUGGAACUUGCUUCUGUCAACCUUAAGUUAGCAGAGGCUAUUAAUUCUCAACUUCUUGGAAAACUGAGCACAAGUAAUGCCCAAAAGACCAACCAACAGAUUGAAUUCUGCAAAACACCAGCUGAAAAGAUGGCUGAAAAGGUUUUAAACAUAUUGGAUCCUACACUGUGCAGCAAAGGAAUGACAGAUGUACCAUUUUGUGAUACUUCACCGUCAUUGCUUCUUUCUAAAAAAGACAGCAUAGGACGAUUCCAUCCAUAUACUAGAUAUGAAAAUAUCACCUUUAAUUGUUGCAACCAAUGCACAGGAGAGUUAAUAGUGUUGUGACCUAGUUUUAAUGAAAAGGUUACAUUGGCAUGAACAGAUUAUACACAAUUACUACUGUUUCUUGUUGACUAUUUAAAACUGGCAAUAACUUGAAGCAGUCAUUAUAUAUUCAAAGGUUUUAUUUUCAUAUUGCAUAUAUUUUUGAGAAAAAUGUGCAUGUUAUAUAUUGGUCUAAGAAGCACAGUGAUGUAUUCAUCACUAAGUUCUCUCAUUGUGUAAACUGCCUGAAUCUUUACCUCAAGUUUCAUUCAAUUAUGAUAAUGAGUGUAUUUGUACUGCCACUUGUUUCUGCUUUAAUGUGUAUUUAUGAGUGUAUAAGCAGAAUUUUCUAUUUCUUGAUGUAGUGCAGAGUUGAGUGUGACUAUCUGAUCAAGUAUUGAUGAAAUAUCCAAUUAGAUCAGCAUGAACCACUUUGUCACCCAUGAAGUAUUGUACAAGUCGGUGUGUUCAAUUUUUAAAGCAAUAUAUCAUUCUGUAUUUGAUACAACUGUAAAA